CGUAAAACGCGGCCGUGUGUCCGGCCAGAAACGGAAAGCGAGUAUCUAAAAAAUUCGUAACCGAAAAAUCCGACCGAAACUCGCCGUUUUGCUUGGCCGAUAUAGAAAAGCAACACGUUGUCGCGUUGGUGGUCGUUUACGGGUGUCUUGCAGGUGCCGCCCCUAAUUAUACGUCCAGACGGAAUCGUCGAACAACCCUGAAGACGUCCUGCUCCGUGGAUCCUACGCUUUCCAGACGAUUGACGAGUCACGAUGAGGACGUCACUGGUAUUGCUGGUAUCCGUCGUAGCUUCCGCGACGGCAAUGCCCCUUCGGGACACCCUGAACGCUGGAUUGUUUCCGCGGAACAAGGACGUGCUUCCAGCUUCCACGAAAACAGAGCCUGUCACCGCCAAGGACGCGACGAAUCAACCGACAAAAAAGCAAUCAGAGAAGACCGACGGUGGAACGAAAGAUUGGCGAACCACGCCGCUGACUUCGAUCCCGAGCCAAGAUGAUCGAGCGGAUACCAAGCAGGACGCUGCCCAGAAGCAGCCUAACGAGGGCAAGGAGAAAACCGCCAAGAAGAAUCGGAAGCACAAAGCCAUCUUCGUUAACUAUCCCAUCGUCUCGGAGCUACAAUACUCCGACGUACCGUACGACAUCGAUUACAGCGACAACAGCUUCGAUACCGACGAGAGGUCAGCAGCGGACGCUAACAGGUACCAAGAAAGCGACAUCUUCUACAUUCGGCUGCCACCUACGCCCUACAUGUUCGUCCCGGGUCUGGGCUACAUUUCGAAUCCUCCCACUUACUCGACCUCGAAUCUUCAUCCGCAAAUACCGUUCACGAGGCCCGCGAGACCCAAGCCUGUCUAUCGACAACCCGUUAACCCUUUCAUCAAGCUGCCGAUAGAUUUCGUGAGCAACGGGAAGCCAACGUCGGUCUAUCAAUGGCAGAAGAAGCCUGCCAAAAAACCGAGCGACACUCCGAUCACGAAUCUGGACAGCCUAUCGGCGGAGUUCGUAAGCAACGGGAAACCGACGUCGAUCUAUCAGUGGCAAAGCAACGCGAAGCCGAUCAAUAGACCCGACGAUUUCGUCCACAACAUGGACAAGGGACCGUACAGUUUCAACGGGAAACCGACUAGCUUCUUCCUGCUGAAAUCCGAUGGAACGUCGUCGGCCCAACAAUCCCUUCGCUACUCGGACUACGAACAAGAUAAUUCUUAUUAUUGAAGACCGCGAGCCGGAGCUCGUUGCCAUCGACACGUGAAACGAUUACCUGGGAUUGUAGAAAUUGGUAGCCUCGUUCGCAUUUCGAACGACGAUCCGGAGUAUCGAGAAUUUGAGGAGUAUGCGUACGAGGAAUGCUGGCUCGCGAGUCUCGUCGAAUCGUUGCUUCGCGAUGAAUGGGUGAGUGCGGGCUAAGGAUGCGAACUCGAGACGUCGAGUUAGGAGGUUUACAUGCUGACAAUUUUCCGGCAUGACAACUAUUUCACCCAUUCACUGUCUAGGAAAAGCGUUUUGCCUUGGCCGCCAAGAUUUAACCAUUUGCACUCGAGAGGUUUCCUUUAGGUUUCAUUUCUUUGGAACUCGAAGUGCCAAUAAAAUGAUUGUUGUCGAAGCAAAGGUGACCUGAUUCUCAAAUCUACACAAGUCUAUAAAUUUAUAAGUCUCAAGUCUAUACAUUUAUAACGAAUGAAAAUAAACAGAUUAUUAGCGCCACGAGUAUCUUCCUUUCACGAUACCAAUAUUAGUGGCGUCAGUUUAGGUUUUCAAUUGUCUAACCCUUUGGACUCGAGAUGUGACUCUUAGACACCACUAGGUUUUCUUUAGGUUUCAUUUCUUUGGAACUCGAAGUGCCAAUAAAAUGAUUGGCGUUCCGGCAAAGGUGACUUGAUUCUCGAAUCUCAAAUUAGAGAUCUGAUUCGAAGUCAAUAUAAUCUUAGCAUUCGUGGCAAUGGAAUGCUAUUUAAUUUCCACUUAACUUAUUUACAAUUUAUUUAUAUAUUUAUAUAGAUGAGAAUAUAAUUUAAAUUUUCAAUUUUAACACUUUAUCUACCGGGCUAUUUAGAAACAGUCUUUCAUUCAAAAAAGAAUUUUCUACGGUAGCAUAUGCCAACCUAGGCAACAUACAAAAAUUUUGUAGAAGAAUUUUUUUAGGAGUUUUUCAAUAAUAAUGGCGGCGCUCCUGUCUACACAAAUUUCUGUUCGUUCAGGUAGUUGUUCCCCGUUGAAAUUUUCAGUUAAUUGACCAUCUACUUUACGCUUUUGAUUAAUUUUCAUUAAUCGUACCUCGUAAUGACAAAAUUCUAGGCUAUUGCGCGGAUGACCAGGGUUCGAAUCCCCAAGUUGCAUAUCUUUUUUUUAAGUAAUUGAUCUUUUUUUAUUUAUUACAUUUUUACACAUAACGCCACUGAUUUAUUUUCUACUAAUUUUUAAAUAAAAUAUCUUUAUUUGGGAGAAAUUGUAACAAAUAAAUAAAUAACAUAUUUCAGGAAGUUUUAAAGAAAAUUUAGUGGUUUUUUAACUUGCGUCACAGCUCUGCAGUGCGAUCAGCUGACUGGAAUAAAAAUGACGCGCACUAGAAAUCACGUAUCUGGGUAUCAAACCUUAGGUUGCGAAAUGACGAGAGACUAUUUGAUUUGAUGUGUGGAAUUCAUCCUGAAAAAGAUUCUACAUUCUCAUUAGCAUCCUGUAUAUACAGUUUUUCGAGACAUUGGCGCGGAGUAUAGACAUUAAAUUUAUUAAAAUCGAUUUCGACUUAUCAAAUUUUUAAACUUUGUACAAGAAACAGAAAAGAUGUACAGUGCUUCUAUUUAUGUUAAAUGAAACUUAAUAUUUGUUCAUGAAUAAUGUAUUUAUUUAUAAAAGGUUUGUUUCUUUGUAGCAGUUGUACGAAAAAAGGUUGCAAAAAGGUUGCAAAAAUGUUUAAAUACAUACAUUUUUGUGUCCAUAACGAUCGACAAUUGCAAGAACAUUUUAAUAUAUAAGUUUUAAGAGUUUAUACUAAGGAAUUGAAGAAAGUUGUAAAAAUGUAUAAAUUCGUAACUUCCGUAGGUUUGUAACAAAUGUACAAGGAAGUUGUAAUGAACUGUUGAAUCAAAGUUUUCGCGUGUUUAUAAGUUAUAUAAAUAUACAAAUUUGUAAAUACAAAUUUACGAAAAGAUUAUUGAUCUAAAUUUUAUAAAAACAACAAUUCACAAUUACAAUUUCAAAUAUAAUCAUUUGAUGAGUGAAAAUUAAUGUAAUUAACCAAAAGACAGAUAAAUCUGAUGGCUAGUUAUUGAAUACGAAUAAUGCACCAUCAGAGAAAGUUAUGAUCAAUUUAGUUAACAGUUGUCAUUACGGAUUACCUAUUUCAAUCGUAAAUUUUAAUGGUUUCUUUGAUUAAAUUUUGUUCAAUGCCGUACCUAGAUGAAAAGAAGUACUUAACUGUUAUGUUUAUUAUACAAUUGUAUAUAAGUAACUUACUUCUUAAUAAGCAUUUAUCGUUAGACUGUAAAUAGGUCAUGAUUAGACUGCGGAUAUUUAUGUAUUUAUGCCAAGUGGAAAUAUGUAUAAGUAUAUCCAUGAAUGCAAAAAUAUGUAAACUAUCAAAAAUAAAAUACAUGUUACACUGUUCAAAUGAUAAGGCAUACUCUCUAUUCUUUACCUAAAUCUGUAAAAAUACGAAUUUGCAUAAACAUUCGCAGUCUAGUCAUGACAAUAGUAUUUAAUCAUAGUUUUCAAAGAAUUGUAUUUCAAUAGAAUGCACAGACCGAUAAAAUGGAAUAUGUUCUAUUCUUCCUCAUUGACUCUCGUGAGAAAUCACGGGUGGUGUCAAACUCGACUCAACAAUUGAGUUGCUGGAAAAUUAAAGGUAUCAAUUAUAAAUUACAUUUUACAAUCCACGACAAUUAAUUUUCCAGCAUCGAUUAAAAAUAUCGUUAGCAUGCGAAAAGGACGAACCGUAUUUAUUAAAUCACUAUCGUCGCCUAUUAGUAACCGUACACAUUUUUUGUCUAACAAACACAUGCGUAACUAAAUAAUAGAGAACCGCUAAGUUUAAAGAAAUGUUGAAGUUACAGCACUUACGUGUUCAGUUGUUUUUAACAUGGUCAUUGUGACACGAUUCUUCGACGCUGCUGAGUUCACUGUUCUCGUGUUACAAUGGUAUUAAGUGCUUUUAACCAAAUAUGAACGUCGAUAUUUAGAGAUUGUAAUUCGUACAUUCGAAUACGCUGUUUAUGAUUCUGAUAGAAAAAUUAACGUGAACGUGACUAUUAUCGUGUAAGGAUUGCACCUUGAAAGCCGGGCUAUCGAGUAUUUCGAGUGAACCAGCGCAAAUUAUCGCUAGUAUAAUGUACCCGAUCAUUUCGAUGGGUGUAACUGCUUUUUAUACGCUACAUUUGAAACGGUGGCUCUACCUUGGCCCAACUCAACAGGUUUUGCCAUUUAAUAGCUCUGUUUCAUUGCAAAAAUAUUUAUUACCACGCCCAACAAGGGAUUCGUUAAAACGGUUGAAUUUAUGUUUGGAAGGUAGAGUGGAAACCAAAGCAACGACCAUCAAAUUUAUCGUCCUCCAAGUCUGGAAUUUUCCCUCGGCUCCUGUGUCGCUCGAUAAUUCACCCCGUUACCAUGAAUUUAUUGCGCCCAUUUAAAUGGUAUUAUUAUACUUCCUUUCCAAUUGAGUACUCCACAUCGAGCAGACGUGUAAUUAUUCUUAAAUGUAUAGCUAUUAUUUAUGAAGUAUCCAUAUUUACAUGCCUGUUUAUGCGUCCAUUAAUUAAGGAUCACGUAACCGUAUAUUUACAUAGGUAACGAAUUGCAUCGAGUAUUAGGAUGCCUGUUUGCUCAAGAGUUAGCGUAACGUAUAUGCAACUAUAUACAUAUAUAUUAACUGUCAAUCGUUUUGUGCAACGGCAGAGAUCGUGAUUGCGAAGCGUGUAAUGUUAUCGUAGCGUUUCGUAUCGUAAUCUUAUAUUCAUUUGCAAGUCGAAGUCAUACAGUGGGUGUAGAAUGUAAUUCGUACACCGAUCAAUUUCCCAAAAAAACUUUGUGAAAUUGUAGUUUCUUAACUUCUUAUUUUUAUAAUCAAUGAUAUUUCAAAUAUUCUCGGAAGUCUCUAAGAUAGAUAUAGUCUAAACAACAUUUACUAGUUGAUAUAAUUUGUGAAAUUAACGAAAAAAUGCGAAAAGUGGGUAAAAGUAUAGAAGCAAUAAGUAUUUGUACGAUUCUUAUGACGAAGCAUUUACAGUAGAGUUUGUAACGUAAACACGUUAGUUUACUGCUCCGUACGAAUUAGAAAACAACAAAUUUCCAGUAAAGUACUUUUAAAAAUGGCUCUAAUAGAUGAAUGGUAAUCCCAUCCCGAAUAACAUCGACAAUUAGUUAAUUUAACGCUUAGAAGAGUUACAAUAAUUAUAAAAUCAAAAGGAAAUCCCACGAAGGAAGUAUUCUAUACUUAUAAAUGGACUGCGGAACUUUAUGCAAAAUAAAAUCUUCGCGAACGUGCCUACAAAAGUUUAACUUAAAUAGGAAUUUAUUUUAUUCUGCAAAUAUUAUAACAUGAACCUUUCCUUCAAUCUUUUUUAUGUUCUUGCAUAUUGUUUGCGUUUUGUAGUUUCUUGCACAUUCAAAUUUCCUAUAAAUGCAUAAAGAUCCGCGGUCUACUUAUAAAUUAAUGUAAAUUUCUUUUUUCUUUUUAAUGAAGUUUUAAUAAUUAAACAGUCGUGCGAAUACUUAUUCCUUCGAUAUUUCUAUCGAUUAAUUGUUUUUUUUCUUUUUUUUGUUAAUUUCGUAACUUACAUAAAUAGCUAUUUUUUUUGUAAUCUAUCUAUUCUAGAGAUUUCCGAGAAUAUGUAGAAUGUCUUUGUUUAUAAAAAGUAAGUUAAUAAACUACAAUUCUACAUCGUUGUUUUUGGAAAUUAAUCGGUGUACGAAUACUUUCUACACCCACUGUAUUUGUAUAUUUUCGUGUCGACAAUGCGACGUUCUAUACCUUGUAAAUAUGUGAUAAAUACAGAAAACUUAAAUCGAUUCAACCAUUUUUCUUUCAAACCACGAAACCGAAGCGUUCGUAUUUUCCUUGAAUCCUUAACAUCACGGGUUGGCUGCGUCGACAAGAAGACGUGUUUCAUAUGUUUCCCCCUCUCACGUAACACAAAUAUUGACUUGGGACGCGAGUCUGCACGGGAUUAUAUUCUGUCUGGUUGCGGAAGCACUCUCGGAGAUCUAUGCUACUUACUCAAAGAGAUUCAAUUCAUAGAUACCGGCAGUACCAUUCCCUUCGUCUCGAGGAUACCGACUUUGGGUGGAAUCUCGAUUUAAGCUCGCAUCUCGUUUGGGGACGCGGCGUCGGAAUAAGAAUUCGAUCAUCCGAUUUUGUAAAUACUUCUAGUACCCUUCUAGCACCCUUCUAGUACCUUAAAAUCGAUGUAUCGGUUUUGCGACUUUUGCGAGAAAUACCUUACAAUUUCAGCAUACAUAUACGUAUACACAAGGGAUUACUUUUAAUUAAACGAAUGCUGGAAGUAAAACUUAUUCGUGCCGAACAGAAACAUAAAUGUUUAAACAUGUACCGUAUUACUUUCAAUUAAAAUAUUUGUCCUCCUCGAAAACUAAUUAAAAAUUUAGUGUAUAUAUGACAGGCCAGUGAAUUCGUUUUGAAAAGUACCAUCAAAUAGUCCGAAACGAAAUAUUAACUCGAUUAUUUUAUAUGGUCGUGUUUAUAUAAAUGGACAAUUUAAUUUCAUAGAUAUUCAUGUUGUAACAGUAAUGGAGCAAAAUGAAUCGUGCACAAUUCAGUAAUGUAACAUAAAACAUAAAAUAUUGUGCAUCUGUUACUUAUUAAUAAAGCGAAAGAAACUUUUGAGACAACCUAAUACUAACGCGUUUUCAAUAAAUUAUAACCGCGCCCCAUUUUACCAUGCAAUUUCCAUAUUAACAAUUUUGCAUACGGCCGAUAGCUUUGGAGUUAUAGCUUUAUAACAAAUGACGUGGGACACCCUGUAUACAUAUCCAACUAUAGUAGGGUGCAGCAAUGUAAUCUAAGCAUGAGAGUUUCAACUCCAAGGCAAAUACCACGAAGUAGUGUUUUAAAAUUAUACGAACGUACCAAAUUUUUUGGAUAGUUAUAAGACGAAACAAACACGAGAGAUAAACAAAUGGUUUAAAAUCAAAGAAUUCAAGAAUAUAAUUGUUCGCAGGGGUUUCUACUUAUUUAUGAGCUAACCACCGUUCCACCCACACAUUAGAGGUUUAGAGUUUAGCCACCAUCCGACCUCCAG